UCCUUCAAGCUCUGGGAGUUUUCAGUGAGGUGAACCGAAGGCAGAGCUGCUCGGAGCUCCAUACACGAUCCGAACCCGAUAGAGAUUCAAAUUGAAGGAGAAUGUGCGGGGACGCUACAAACUGGGACGAAGAAGCAUAUAGGGAGAGUAUAUUAAGGGAAAGAGAGAUCCAAACUCGAACAGUAUUCCGAACCGUUUGGGCUCCUUCCUUUAACCCUAAACCGGAAUGCGUCGUGGUCGCCUCCAGCGACGGUUCCAUCGCUUCUUACUCCAUUUCUUCCUGUGUUUCCAAACACCCGAUUGGUUUCUGCAGUGCUAGGGCUCAACGGUUGUUACCGGCUGAGCCGGAGGGUUUCCUUGAAGGGCAUGAUGGACCUGCGUAUGACGUGAAAUUCUACGGCAAUGGCGAAGAUUCUUUGUUGUUAAGUUGUGGUGACGAUGGUAAAAUUAAAGGAUGGCGGUGGAAGGAAUUUACUGAAUCUGAGGUGCCUAUUACCUUUCAAGGAAACCAUAUGAAGCCAGUGCUUGAUUUGAUCAAUCCACAAGAUAAAGGUCCAUGGGGUGCUCUCUCUCCAAUUCCCGAGAAUAAUGCCAUUGCUGUUGAUCCUCAGGGGGGAUCCAUCUUUUCUGCUGCUGGUGAUUCUUGUGCAUAUUGCUGGGAUGUGGAGAAGAGUGAAAUCAAAAUGGUAUUUAAGGGACACACAGACUAUUUGCAUUGUAUUCUAUCACGUGCCUCUUCCAGUCAGAUUAUAACUGGAUCAGAGGAUGGGACUGCACGAAUAUGGGAUUGCAAAAGUGGUAAGUGCAUUAAAGUAAUUGACCCACUAAAGGACAAGAAGUUGAAGGGGCGUAUCUCUUGUGUUAGUUGCAUUGCUCUAGAUGCAAGUGAGAGCUGGUUGGCAUGUGGCAGUGGCCGAAGUUUGUCAGUUUGGAAUCUCACUGCUUCUGAAUGCAUUUCAAGUAUUUCCAACGGUGCAUCCAUACAGGACGUGGUGUUUGAUAACAAUCAAAUAUUAGCUGUUGGUGCAGACCCUGUGUUGAACCGUUUCGAUAUGAAUGGAAUGAUACUUUCCCAGAUACAAUGUGCUCCUCAAUCAGCGUUUUCGGUCUCUUUGCACCCGUCUGGUGUCACUGCAAUCGGGGGUUACGGGGGUCUUGUAGAUGUGAUUUCACAGUUUGGAAGUCAUUUGUGCACUUUCCGUAGCCAUUGUGUUUGAACUAUAAUGAAAAUGGAGAUGGAGAUGUAAAAGAGCAUACAUAUUAUUGUUAAAUUUGAGAUGUAGGGCUUCACUAUAAUCAUUUUUAAUUCUCUUAUUUGUAUGAUAAAUUUACAUAGAAAUGGAUGGAAAUGGUUUUGGUUUUUGGGUAUAA